UUUACUAUCUGAUUUGGGUUUGUUUUUUUUGCCUUUAAGCAAAAAAAUUCUAAACAAACUUUGAAAGAUGUGUAAGUUCAGAUAUGUGAAAUGUAAAAUGAGUUGCCUUGAAAAAAAAACUAUUUUAUUAAAAUUCAUAAGCCUCAAACACAAGGCCGCACAUAACUGUCGUGAGUCGUGGAGGAUGGCUGCUUAUACUGAGCCAGGAUCCUCUGGAGGUUUCUUCCUGUUAAAAGGGAGUUUUCCUCUCCACUGUCGCUGCAUGCUUGCUUACUAUGAGGAUUGCUGUAUAGUCACUGACACUCGUCAGUGACUUGAUGCAAUUUGCUGGGUUCCUUAUAUAGGAAACAUUAUUUCUGAUUGGCUUAAUGAACUGUGAAUUGGAAUGUUUAUUAUGUGAAGUGCCUUGAGACGACUCUUGUCGUGAUUUGGCGCUUUAUAAAUAAACUUGAAUUGAACUGGUACGGAGGUAUGGUAAGGCAAAAAUCGGUUACCAAGCGAUUUUUGCAUACUUGACCGUCUGAUCAUCUCAUCUAAAUGAAAUGCAUGGUGUGUUGUGGUGCUGAGGGUUUCUGAACGAUGGGGAGGAGUAGAGUUAUGGGUUUCAGCCUGACCCCACACAGGUGAUCAACAUUUUUGUCACUCUCCAUUUAAAACAAACAAACAAAAACACAACCAACAACUCUGGGCUGAUUGGGCUGAGAGUCAGGCGGUCUGGGUUCAGGCUUCCUUCGGAUUCAUUUAAGGUAGUUUUCCAAGAAAAUUACUCAGAGCAACUUUGACUGGUGCAGCUCGGCCUGACCACAGUUUCCAAGGGCAUGCUCCUGUUUCUCUCAUGUUUUUAGUCCCUGCUCCGUUAAGGUACCUGGCAAAGCUGAGUCGGGCCGGCAUUGCGAUUCUGGCUGCUGAUUGGCUGGGGGGGGGUGUCACUAGUUGCUCUGGAGUUUUCUGCUUUCUGUUUCUCUGCCUGCAGCCAUUUCCUGGUUCAGAGUCUGACACAAAGCCAUAAAACUGAGCAAAAUGCCCACCAACACCGCCAUUUUUGUUGUGUUUCUGUGGAGCAUGCAAGUUACCUUACACUGUUUACUGAUCACCUCAUGUUAUUUUGAGUCAUGAGUAAAAAUUGAUUCUGUUCAUAACCAUUAUGGACAGGAUUUCUAGGCACAGCCAAGGUUGUUGAGGAUGUUGGGUAUUUUUAUAUCCUAAAAUGAACCACACAGGAGAAAAGGGUUAGUAGGUUUUUUACGCUCGAUACAGCGGAGAGAGAGACAGGCUCAAAGCCUGUUAGGCCCUGCUCUGAUCAACUCUCUGGCAACUCUCUGCACCACACCUGGUUUUAUUGAAACACAGGGAAAAAAGGACACACUGUCCACACUGUCCAUCACUGUCUACACUUAGCCAAUAACAGUGUUGCUUCUACCUAAGGUGGGACAUUCCAAAAAGGAAGUCUUAAUUUAUGACUUACAGCCAGAAACUCAGUAACCAUGGAUACCUGUUGCUGGACAGGCUAUUCCCUAACCCCAUACAGACAAACAUCAGGGCUCUGGUUACAUCCGGUCAGUAACAAGAUGACGCCUGUGCUUGGCUUAGCCGCGGUCACCGGCCACUUUUUCAAACUUUUCUCCACUAACCUCCUCUUUUCCACCUUGCUCCAAUCUGCGAUCCUCUUCAGUAGUGUCCCUGCUACCAUCUCCUAUGAUCGCCAGACUCUUUUGUCCUUCCGUUCGUUCACGAUCACCCAAGAUGCACCGAGGAUGUACCAUCCUGUUUGUUUACCUGAGUGGCGCACUGGCCCGGAGCCAAACGAUGAUUCCAAUCAUGGCGUUUCCAGCGAUGUUUAUCCGGUCCCGGGAAAACGUUGGAGGAAAAGAGCUUCUCUUCCUUUGUUUGGUGACCUGAGCGCCACUUCCACAUUCCCGCCAGGCCGCGUUGCAGCGCGGUUUCUCCAUCCAAGUUUUUUAAGGUCGGUUUAUCCUCAUUCCUCAGUGGUUUCCUCUCCUUUUCCCUCCAUAAGUGGUUUUUAUAAACACCGUGGAUCUAACCCUGCUAAUUUACGUCCACUAACUCCAGCUGUUUCUGUAGUUUCUGAUUCCUCCACCUCACUCAGCAUGGCUCUAUUAAAUACCCGCUCUGUUAACAAUAAGUCCUUCCUGCUCAAUGAUCUAAUUCUCUCUAUAAACCUGGAUUUUCUGUUUCUGACUGAAGUUUGGCAGCAAACAUCUGAUUAUUCUGGUCUGAUUGAACUCUGCCCGAGUGGUUAUUCUUUUCUUAGCCAGCCCCGGGGUUCUGGUCGUGGUGGAGGCCUAGCUGUUGUUUUCAGAGACCAUCUUCUUCCAUGUAGCUCUACAACCUCUGGUCUCUUUGAUUCCUUUGAACUGCAGCUGAUUAAAGUCGGGCGUAAGGACCCGUUCUACUGUGCUGUGGUCUAUCGUCCACCUGGUCCAAACGGUUCUUUCCUUCAGGAGUUUAGUGACUUUCUAUCCUCCACUGUGAAGCUGUCCAGACUGGUGAUUGUUGGUGACUUUAACAUCCACGUUGAUGAUCCCUCUGAUCACUUUGCCAUGAAUUUCUCCAGCCUUAUGGACUCCUUCAGCUUUACCCAGCAUGUUUCUGGCCCCACACACACCAGGGGGCACACUCUAGACCUUGUUUUUACUGUGAGUCUAAAUGCUGACAGUGUUUGUCCUGAGGACGUUUAUAUUUCAGAUCACCAUUGCAUUUUCUUUAACUUGUCAGUUUCUGCGUCCCCACCUCCUGCUCGCCGUAUGGUUAGUUCUCGUUUUCUUAAUGAGAGCACAGCUAGCAAUUUUUCUGCUGCUUUUGAUCCACCCUGUUCUUCUGAUAAUGACCCAGAUUCCUUAACUUCUCAGUUUAACGAGCACGGCUUCUCCAUUCUAGACAACAUCUGUCCUGUCAGAACCAGAUCAGUUCCUGCAGUGAACCCUACUCCCUGGUUUAAUGCCAGCCUUCGCAGCCUGAAGCGCCAAUGCAGAAAAAUUGAGCGUUUGUGGAAGAAAACCCAUCUCCACGUCCAUCUGCUGCACCUAAAGGAUCUUCUGACAUACUUAACUCUGAGAUGCGAGGGUUUCCUAUUUCUCCAACCUGGUGUCCCAGAGCAAAGGGAACCCCAUCAUCAGCAUUGUCUCUCCUGCCACUCCUACAGCCUCCAUCCACUCUGUUACAGACUGUGAGAACUUUCUGUCUUUGUGGACAAAGUCAAUAAGGUUAGAUCUAGCAUCUCUCCUUCAGCCUUAUCGUUGCCUCUCCCGACUCCAACCAGGCCCAUCAUCCUAGAUAGCUUUGCUCCUGUUUCUUUGCCUGAGUUAACCAAACUAGUUAACUCUAUGAAGACCUCUGCAUGCCCCCUCCACAUCUUACCCUCAUCUUUGUUUAAAAGUGCUUUUCAGUCCAUCGGUCCCAGCUUCUCUGGUCUCUGGUCAGGUCCCUGCUUACUUUAAGAACGCUGUAAUCCACCCGCUUCUUAAAAAACCGAGUCUCGACCCCUCUCUCCAUAGCAGCUUCAGACCCAUCUCUAAACUUCCGUUCAUCUCCAAGAUCUUGGAAAAGGUUGUGGCUAAACAACUCACAGCUGCUCUUGAUGAACAUAACAUCUAUGAUAGCUUCCAGUCAGGUUUUCGUAGAGCUCAUUCUACUGAAACAGCUCUUCUUAGGGUCUCUAAUGACCUUCUGACUCACAGUGAUGCAGGGAACUGUUCUGUUCUGGUCCUGCUGGACCUGACUGCAGCCUUUGACACUGUUGACCAUCACCUGCUACUGGAGAGGCUGAGAGACUGGGUAGGCCUGUCAGGAUCUGCUCUGGAGUGGUUCUCCUCUUAUCUCUCUGAACGCUCCUUUUCUGUGGCCGUUUCCAAGUUUAGGUCCUCCACCACCUCACUUACGCAUGGUGUCCCACAAGGUUCUGUGCUUGGGCCUCUGCUCUUCCUCCUCUAUCUGCUUCCUCUUCAGCACAUCCUGAGCUUCUUCAAAGGAAUCUCCUACCAUCUUUAUGCAGAUGACAUCCAACUGUACAUCUCCUUUAAGCCCCAUGAGAUGUCUAAGCUGCAGCUGUUACACACCUGCUUAGACUCUAUCAAAACCUGGAUGGUGGGAGCUUUCUUCAGCUGAAUGAAGAUAAGACUGAGAUCCUCAUCUGUGCCCCAGACAAGCUGGUUCCCAAAGUCAGAGACUCUCUUGGUCAGCUUGCUUCUCACACCAAACCUUCUGUCAGGAAUCUUGGCAUGACCUUUGACCCAGCUCUCACCCUGGAUUCUCAUGUCAGUUCUCUUGUUCGCUCUUCCUUCUUCCAUCUCAGGAACGUUGCUAAGCUGAGUCCCAUUCUGUCCCGCUCUGAACUUGAGACAGUUCUCCACACCUUCAUCUCCUCACGCUUAGACUACUGUAGCUCUCUUUUCACGUGUCUGAGCAGAACCUCCCUGAACCGUCUACAGGUGGUUCAGAACGCCUGUGCUCGGCUUCUGACCAAGUCCUCCAAACACACCCACAUCACCCCGCUUCUCCUCCAGCUUCACUGGCUGCCAGUCAACUUCAGGGUUCAUUUCAAGAUCCUGGUUCUGGUCUAUAGGACCUUACAUGGAUAAGCACCAUCUUACAUUGGUGAUCUUCUUAGUCCCUACACCCCCAGCAGGUCCCUGAGGUCCAGUGACCAAAGCCUACUGGUUGUGCAGCACCAGGCUAAAGGUCAAAGUUGACAGAUCAUCUGCUGCUGUGGCCCCCAGACUCUGGAACUCUCUCCCCCUGAGCCUGAGGUCAGUGGACUCAGUGGUCUCCUUUAAAAAGCAGCUGAAGACUCACUUGUUCAAGCUGGCUUUUGUAUGACCUUCUUCACCUCUCUCUCUUUAUUCUGCUCUCCCCACCUAUUCCACCUUCCUCAAAAUCCACUGAUUUCUCUCUUUCCUGUUCUCUCUCUUUCUUUCUUAACAUUUUUUAAUCACAAUUGCCUAUUUUUGCUCAUUUUAAAUAUAUUUUUAAACAUUUUCUAAAUGCCUUUUAUAUUUUUACAUUUUUUGUUUUUGUGAAGCGCCUCGUGAUUUUUAUCUUGAGAGUUGCUAUAGAAAUGAUUCUUCUUCUUAUCAGCCACAUUCCAGAGUAAGAGAGAGAAGGAGACAGAACUCUGUGGCUUACGUAUUAACAUAUGAUUACUUAAAAAGGAACAUUUAAGACCAUAAUACAUUAAAAUACCUAACAUUCCCCCCGAAAAUGUAAUUGUAAUGUAAUGUUUGCUUAUCAAAAGACCUGAGUAAGACCUUAACAACCUAAAGAUCAACCUUAAAAACCUAAGUAAUUAGGAAUUAUGACAUACCUUACCCGUGCAAGAUUUAGAAUGUCCAAACAACCUAACAAUUUUAGCUUAGCCAAAUAAUCUAGACAUCAAUAUGUUACCUUGUGAGUAAUUUAAUAUAGGUGAAUCAUUGAUUUAUUAAGCUACACUCCGGUACCUCAUCCAUCGAGGCUAGGUCAGUUUUCAUCAGGAACGUUCUGUUAGAUCAAAGUGUUAUUCAUGAUAACCUAAUGCAAGAAAAAACACACAAGAUGAUGAAAAGUCUAAGGUGAGGAGUUGGACACUUGUGAAUUUUCAUCCAAUUUGCACUUGAAUCUUCUUUAUGUCCGUCAUUUUCUCCCACAGCUGCACAGAGGCCUCCUGAAGCAAAGAGGAGGUCUAGCGCCAUCUGGUGUUCCAUUGCCAUAGUGCGAAGAGCUGCCUUCUCAGGAUCAUCUGCCAUCAUAUUGAUGCCCCAUCCAUCGCUGUACAGUUUUCAUCCUUUGUUGUCAGAGAAUGGCUUGUAGACCUGAACAGGUUUUAAACUUUUUGUCGCGGAUGAUUGGGUCUUUGUGUUAGUGCGCUUUCUGAACUGUGGCUCUUGAAACCAACUGAAACUGCAGAUCCUGUGGUACUUGUGCUUUUUUGUUGAUGUCUCUCUUUUUCUUCAGCACCUUCUGCUUUUCAUCAUACUCUUCUCCAAUCUGGCCCUCCAUUUGCUUCAGCUUUUUGCUGUAGGUCUGUCUGAUCUCCCUCUCUAGCUGUUGUUUGUUCUGCAGUUCAAUCUCCAGCUUUACUGCAUUUCCAUGAUAUGCAGAACGGCUUUUCCGUUUUGGCAUGGUGGAAGUACAAGCCCUACUUUAGAGUCUGAUUGGCCUUUUUGAAGAAGUUUCACAGAGUCAACUAUUCUUUCCCUAGGAACCAGGGGCCGCAACAGUGUGGCAAAGUGGAGCGAUUAACUUGCUUUCGCCCGUCGGCUUUCCUUUCCUGAAUAC